AUGUUUCUUCUUUUUUUUUCCCGUUCUAUCAUGCAAUUUCUCUCUUUCAUUCUCUCAUUUUCUCUUUCUCCUUUACAUUUCUCCUAUAUUUGUUUCAUUUUCCUCUUUACUCUUCUAUAUCGUCUUUAUUUUCCCUUUUCAUUGUUUCUUCUAUUUUCACUCCCUACUCUUCCCUGCAUGAAUGACUACAGAUGGAAAAAAUAUGUUGCUUUUCAUUUUCUAUCAAAUGAAAUUAUUUUCCAUUUAUUUCUCUACCAACGCGACUUUCUGCUCGAAUUCGUCAUCAUCAGAGUCUUCGUCGUCAUUAUCGGUAUCAUUCUUUCUUUCUUUCUUUCUUUCUUUCUUUCUUUCUUUCGUACUCUCUUAAAUUCUUCUAUUUUCUUUAAAUCUUCAUUUUCUUCCCAUCUCUGCUUCGCCUACUUUCUAUUUGUUCAUUUUUUUUCUUUUUAUUCACUUUUCUUUUCCUUCUUCAUUUCCAUUUUGUCUUUGGUUCUUUCAUUUUCUUCUGAUUAUUCAAAAUUACCUUUUUACGUCGUUCUUCCUCUCCUUUAUUCGACAAUGUGUCUUUCUCGACAUUCUGUGUUUUUCUUCUUCCUUGCGCAUACGAACAAUCUAACUCUUUCCUUCUCUUAUUAA